UUUGAACACAUUUUGACCUCUCAUGCUUAAAUUGCGUUUUCCUGGCUUUUUAUUUUUACUCACCUGAGAGAGACAAACUUGAAUAACAUGAUGAAGUUUUUAUGCUAGUGGGUUUCAUAUGUGGCAACAGUCUUUCUUUGACUACUGUGUCCGACUUGGAGGGCUUUACAGCCUGAUACCCAGCACAUACCUUCCCAGACCCCGUUCACAGAAGAUGUGCUAAACAGUGCUGUCUGCUAAGUGCCCUGCGGGGACCAGGAUGAACGGUGAAAAAAGCCAAGAUGCAGGAAUCCAGAGAACAAAGCUUGAGUCAUGUGAGCAACGCAGAAGUCAGCGAUCAGAAACCUGAAUCUUCAAGCCUUGGUUCAAACCUUCCCAUGUCCAGUGAGAUUAUGACAUGCACUGAAUAUAUCCCAAGGUCAUCAAAUGAUUAUACCUCACAAAUGUAUUCUGCAAAGCCAUAUGCACAUAUCCUUUCUGUACCUGUAUCGGAAACAAUGACCCCUUACCCUGGUCAGACUCAGUACCAAGCACUACAGCAGUCUCAGCCCUACACCAUCUACCCCCAGACCACCCAAACCUACGGACUACCUCCUUUUGGUGCACUGUGGCCAGGUAUGAAACCUGAAAGUGGUUUAAUUCAGACUCCAUCUACAAGUCAGCACAGUGUUCUUACCUGCACUACAGGGUUAACCACAAGCCAGCCCAGCCCAGCACAUUAUUCUUAUUCCAUUGAAGCAUCAACUACCAAUGCCAGUCCAGUCUCUACAUCCUCAACUGUUGUCAAUAUUUCCACAUCAGCAGUAGCCAGCAUCUCACAGGAAUAUCCUACGUACACGAUCCUUGGCCAAAGUCAGUACCAGACGUGUUACCCGACUUCUGGCUUUGGAGUUGUAACACCAGCAGACAGCAACACAGAGAGUACUGCAUUAGCAACAACUACGUAUCCAACCGAAAAACCAAACGCCAUGGUGCCUACGCGGACAGUGCAGAGACAUUCCUCUGGAGAUGCAUCCACAAGUCCUUCAUUAUCAAGAGCAACAGCAAGUAAAGAGUUAGAUGAGCAGGCAAGGAAAAACAUCCCUGGGAAGAACAGGGGGAAGAGGAAAGCAGACACCUCCUCCUCACAGGACAGUGAACUGGAGCGAGUGUUUCUCUGGGACCUGGAUGAGACCAUCAUAAUCUUCCAUUCACUUCUCACAGGGUCUUAUGCUCAAAAAUACGGCAAGGAUCCAACUCUAGUGAUUGGCUCAGGUCUGUCAAUGGAGGAGAUGAUUUUUGAAGUAGCUGAUACUCACUUGUUUUUCAAUGACUUGGAGGAGUGUGACCAGGUACACAUUGAAGAUGUGGCAUCUGAUGACAAUGGCCAAGAUUUAAGCAACUACAAUUUCUCCACGGAUGGCUUCAGUGGCUCAGGAAGUAACACAAAUCACAGCUCAUCAGUUGGUGUCCAGGGUGGAGUGGACUGGAUGAGAAAACUGGCCUUCCGCUACCGCAGGGUACGAGAGAUCUACGACAAAUACAAAACUAAUGUUGGAGGCCUUCUUAGCCCGCAGAAGAGGGAAGCUCUGCAGCGACUAAGGACCGAUAUAGAAGUGCUAACAGAUUCCUGGCUGGAAACAGCAUUAAAGUCCCUGCUACUUAUACAGUCCAGAAAAAACUGUGUGAACAUCCUGAUCACAACCACCCAACUGGUGCCAGCUCUUGCCAAAGUUCUCCUGUAUGGAUUGGGCGAGGUGUUUCCCAUCGAAAAUAUUUACAGUGCUACAAAAAUAGGUAAAGAGAGCUGUUUUGAGAGGAUUGUGUCACGAUUUGGAAAGAAAGUCACCUAUGUGGUAAUUGGAGAUGGGCGUGAUGAAGAGGUUGCAGCUAAGCAGCACAACAUGCCUUUCUGGAGGAUCACAAAUCAUGCAGACCUCUUGUCCCUUCACCAAGCCCUCGAGUUAGACUUUCUGUAAGAAGUUGGAGCAAAGGCGUGACUACAGCUCCUGCAAGCCCUCUCCAUCGCUGGGGAGGCAGAAAUCUAUUACAUUUGGGGACUCACUUUUCAGGUUGAUGAAGAAAACAUACCUAAUGCAAACUGUACAGUAGAACAUGACACCAGUUUGUUUCCUCAGGAGCACAGGCCCUGCCAAGUACAAAGGUGUCCUAUAAAGAAGCACUAGACUCAGUAAAGCUAGAGCUUGUCUGAAGAAGAGACUUACAGAAGCCAGCUGAAUUCCUCUAGCAGGUAGUCUCCAGAGGGAAGGGGUGAUACAGCAGCAGAAGUAUUUGUAAGAGCCUUCUCCUUUCUAUUCAGCUUAGUUGUAGAACCCAAGUAAACACAAAAACUUAUUUUUAUAGAAAAAUACUGAUGGCAGAGCUGACCCUCCCUUGUUUCGCAAAGCUGAAAAGAGCUAUGUUUUUUUUCAUAGGAAAUAUUAAUGAAAAUGUCAAAAAUACCUCUAUUGCUGUGAAAUGUGUCCUCUCUCCUUCCCUGGGUGUUCAAAGCAGUUAAUUUAUUACAAUGUCCUUAUGUUAUUUCCUCAACAUGGGAUUACUGGAAAAUAGAAAGAUAUGGGAAUGUUUCUGGGAUACGUGGUUCCUUAUAGAGGAAAUUGUUGGUGUUCUGAGUUGAUCCCGGUGGCUUCUAGUCAAUGUGUGCACAAGCCCUGUUAACAAGCAGGAGAUCAUUGGAUUCCAGCUAUCCAUGACCCAGACCAUACAUCCCACAGAUUUUCCCUGUAAAAGAAAACAAAACUGCUUAUGAACAUUAGAUACAGCACAACACUAUUGCAGACUGCUCAGAUGUGAAUAGAGUCCUUGUCUGGACUAGGAAUAAUUUGAGAGAACUAAAUCCUCUUGAAUGUUACAAAGAAGAGUAUGGUUAUUAAUCUUCACCUCUGCUUUCCUGACUCCAUUUGUGAGAGUAAGUUCCUUUUAGUAGAAUCAGAUUCAAUUUUCUUGUAUUCUUCUUUGCAUUAGCCUAACUACAUAGGUAGAAACAACACUCACGUUAAGAGGGACUUAAUUUUCUAAGACACUGUGACUUGGCAGCCUGGAGGACGCUGACCUUAGGAGUGAUGGUUACGCUGAUUUUUCUGCUACCAUCUUGGAAAAAAAGGCUGAAGUCAGUGACUUGCAGUACCACUGGCCAGAAAUAGCCAGCUGGAGACUGGGGGCUGGCAUGGAGCACUGGGUUUGUGCCAGGUUGGGCUGUGUUCAGCGAUAUCUGCCUCCUCCCUGUACCCCGGUGGCACCAAAUCAGCAGGUGCCUUGAGUUUCUGCGCAGAGGACAGAUGUCUGCUGCGCCCCACUGCAUGCCUCUGCUGCUCCUG